AUGAAUAAUUUAAGUGAUAUAGACUGUCCACAGUUCAUUUCGUUUACAUCCCCUAGCUUUCACGAGUCUUUGUCAAUUGUUCAAGAUGAUCACAGAACUCCUUCCCCUCUGUUGUGUAAACAAGCACAAAACAGCCCUUUACUAUGUCAUGCUGAAAACAAUAAAAGUUGUGUUGAUGAAAAUACAGAUUAUAAUUUGAUUGGAGAUUCAUUUCUGAGUGCAGCAGAUCACAGUAGUACUACAAUUAGAAACAGCACAUUAAGGAGUCCUUUGAGAGAGUUGGACAAUUCAGUAGAUUCCUUGGAGUAUUCAGUAGAAGACUUUACUGUAAACAAGAUUCAGCACUUUGUAACAUCAACUGAUAUCAAACAAUACAAACCACAAAAUUUUACUCAAGUUCAAGAAUUUCAUUUAACUGAAGCAAUUCAGAAGGAGAAGAAGGAUUAUGUUUCUUUAGCAGAAAAAGUAGCUGCAUUCCACACAAAAACUCCAGCGAGAUUUCAUACAGUUGGACCUAAACAAUAUGUCCCUCCUGAGCAAUGGGAGCCACCCCGUGUCAACCCAAAAUCCCCUGAACUUAGAGCUGUGAAAAGAUGUCGAGUAAAUACGGCUGUCAGUCAGAAAGAGCAAGAAGAAAAGGAAGUUCAAGAAAUGAAAAACUACAAGUUUCGUGCCAAGCCUAUGAAUACUAAAGUACUUUCAAAGCCGUAUGUCCCGAAGAAGAAAAAGAGGCAAGUAACCCAACCUAAAGACAUCAAGUUAAAAACUGCCUUGAGAGCAGCAGAACACCCUCCUUUAAAAGAGGAGACUGAGAAGUAUGAAUUCCAUGCAAGGCCAGUGCCCAAAGUUAUUUUGACUGGGCCCUCUGGCAUAAAAGAAAAAGUCUCUCUUCCAGCUACAUUGCCUAAAUCUCCAGACUUUGCGUUAAAAGAUAGGGAACAGAAAUGGAAAACUACACAUAAACCAGAUAAUAACUUGAACAACGUUGAAGAAUUUCAUGCUCAUCCUCUACCUUCAUCAAGUUCCCCUUUCGUUGUAAAGCAUGAAAAAAAAGUGACGGCGUUCAAGCCCUUUAGCUUUGAUGAAAAGGAUAAGGAAAGGUAUGCUUUGAAAAAGCGGAAAAUAGACAAAAUAAUUGAAGAUCAAAUCAAACUUUUAAAGAAUUCCAACUUCAUACUGAGAAAAGGGUGGGAAGAAUGGAAUAAGAUAAAAGAAAGAAAUCACCUGAAAGAAAUUGAAAAAGAACAGAUGCUUUUGAAGCAAAAAGCGGAAGAAGAGGAAAAAGAACGUCAGGAAAUAAAGAAGCUUCGAAGUGAGUUGGUUCAUAAAGCCAAUCCAAUUAGAACGUUCAAAAAUGUAGAAAUUAAGCACGGUUUAAUACCGAUCACUGUACCCAAAUCUCCAGAUUUUGCGACAAAAAAACGACUGCAGAAGGACUCUCUCAGGUCAAAGCUUGGGCCCAACUCAAAAAACUGCACUGAAACAUCACAGGAAUAAGAAGAUAAGAGACUUAGAGAAAGUCGUAAAAUAUUUUACUUUUAGCAUUUUUGUAUUGUGCGUUUUGUACUGAUUUCCAAAAUCGGGUGCUGUCAUAUCGAUUUUUUUUUGUCAAAAUGUAUUUGAAAUGUUUGAAAAUGUUGUUGCUUUUUCUUCAAUUAAGUAAUAAGUGUAAAAAAAAUGAA